AUGUGGCACGCACUCUCAUCCUCGCGCGCACACCCUCUCAUCCUGGCGCUUUCUCAUGCGCUCUCUCACGCACUCUCUCACGCGCACUCUCACACGCACUCUUUCGCGCUCUCUCAUGCGCACUCUCACGUGCACCCUCACGUGCUCUCCCACGUUCUCUCUCACGCGCACUCUCAGGCGCAUUCUCACACGCUCACUCACACGCUCUCACGCUCUCUCACACGCACCCUCACGUGCUCUCUAACGCGCACUCUCACAAGUCUCCCAUGCGUCUCCCACAUGCACUCUCAUGCGCACUCUUGUGCGCUCUCUCACGCACUUGCCCACGCGCCCUCUCAAGCGCUUGCGCACGUGCUCUCUCACGCGCUCUCCCACGCACUCUCUCACGUGCACUCUCACGCGCACUCUCAAGCGCACACUUUUGUGCUCUCUCACGCGCACUCUCGCGUGCACUCUCACUCACGCUCUCUCACGUUCUCUCUCACACGCACUCUCACGCGCUCUCUCACGCGCACUCUCACGCGCAUUCUCACACGCUCUCUCUCACGCUCUCUCACACGCACUCUCACACGUACCCUCACGUGCUCUCUAACAUGCACUCUCACGAGUCUCCCAUGCGUCUCCCACAUGCACUCUCACGCGCACUCUCGUGCGCUCUCUCACGCGCACUCUUGUGCGCUCUCUCACGCACUUGCGCAUGCGCUCUCUCACACGCUUGCGCACGCGCUCUCUCACGCACUCUCUCACGAGCACUCUCACGCGCUCUCUCACGUUCACUCACACGCACUCUCACGCGCUCUCUCACGCGCACUCUCACGCGCAUUCUCACAUGCUCUCUCACACGCUCUCUCACAUGCUCUCUCACACGCUCUCUCACAUGCUCUCUCACGCUCUCACACGCACCCUCACGCGCUCUCUCACGCGCCCUCUCACGCACACUCUCACACGCACUCUCACACUCACUCUCACGCGCUCCCUCUCGCGCACUCUCACGCGCAAUCUCACACGCUCUCUCACGCGCACUCUCACGUGCACCCUCACGUGCUCUCUAACGCGCACCCUCACAAGUCUCUCACGCGUCUCCCACGUGCACUCUCACGCGCCCUCUCACGCACUCUCACGCGCACUCUCACGCGCACCCUCGCGCGCACUCUCACGCGCAUUCUCACACGCUCUCUCUCACGCUCUCUCACACGCACUCUCACACGCACCCUCACGUGCUCUCUAACAUGCACUCUUACGAGUCUCCCAUGCGUCUCCCACAUGCACUCUCACGCGCACUCUCGUGCGCUCUCUCACGCGCACUCUUGUGCGCUCUCUCACGCACUUGCGCACGCGCUCUCUCACACGCUUGCGCACGCGCUCUCUCACGCACUCUCUCACGAGCACUCUCACGCGCUCUCUCACGUUCUCUCACACGCACUCUCACGCGCUCUCUCACGCGCACUCUCACGCGCAUUCUCACAUGCUCUCUCACACGCUCUCUCACAUGCUCUCUCACGCUCUCACACGCACCCUCACGCGCUCUCUCACGCGCCCUCUCACGCACACUCUCACACGCACUCUCACACGCACUCUCACACUCACUCUCACGCGCUCCCUCUCGCGCACUCUCACGCGCAAUCUCACACGCUCUCUCACGCGCACUCUCACGUGCACCCUCACGUGCUCUCUAACGCGCACCCUCACAAGUCUUUCACGCGUCUCCCACGUGCACUCUCACGCGCCCUCUCACGCACUCUCACGCGCACUCUCACGCGCACCCUCACGCGCACUCUCACGCGCAUUCUCACACGCUCUCUCUCACGCUCUCUCACACGCACUCUCACACGCACCCUCACGUGCUCUCUAACAUGCACUCUCACGAGUCUCCUAUGCGUCUCCCACAUGCACUCUCACGCGCACUCUCGUGCGCUCUCUCACGCGCACUCUUGUGCGCUCUCUCACGCACUUGCGCACGCGCUCUCUCACGCACUCUCUCACGAGCACUCUCACGCGCUCUCUCACGUUCUCUCACACGCACUCUCACGCGCUCUCUCACGCGCACUCUCACGCGCAUUCUCACAUGCUCUCUCACACGCUCUCUCACAUGCUCUCUCACACGCUCUCUCACAUGCUCUCUCACGCUCUCACACGCACCCUCACGCGCUCUCUCACGCGCCCUCUCACGCACACUCUCACACGCACUCUCACACGCACUCUCACACUCACUCUCACGCGCUCCCUCUCGCGCACUCUCACGCGCAAUCUCACACGCUCUCUCACGCGCACUCUCACGUGCACCCUCACGUGCUCUCUAACGCGCACCCUCACAAGUCUCUCACGCGUCUCCCACGUGCACUCUCACGCGCCCUCUCACGCACUCUCACGCGCACUCUCACGCGCACUCUCACGCACACACUCACGCGCUCUCUCACGCGCUCUCGCACACGCUCUCUCCUGCGCUCUCUCACACCCACUCUCACACACACUCUCGUGUGCUCUCUCACGCGCUCUCUCACGCGCACACUCAUGCGCACACUCACGUGCCCCUUCACGCGCUCUCUCACGCGCACUCUCACGCGCACCCUCACGCGCUCUCUCACGUUCUCUCUAACGAGCUCUCUCACGCGCACCCUCAUACGCACUCUCACACGCUCCCUCACACGCAUUCUCACACGCUCUCUCACACGAUCUUUCACGCUCCCUAACGCGCACUCUCACGCGCACUCUCAUGCGCUCUCUCACGCGCUCUCUCAUGCACUUGCGCACGCGCUCCCUCACCCGCUCUCUCACGCGCCCCCUCACGCGCUCUCUCAUGCGCACUCUCACGUGCUCUCUCACGCGCACUCUCACGUGCUCCCUCACGCGCUCUCUCACGCGCUAUCUCACGCGCUCUCUCAUGCGCACUCUCACGCGCACACUCAUGUGCACUCUCACGCACACACUCACGCGCACUCUUACGCGCACACUCACGCGCUCUCUCACGCGCACACUCACGCACUCUCUCACGCGCUCUCUCCCCACUCUCUCACGCGCACUCACGCGCUCUCUCACGCGCAAUCUCACUCGCUCUCUCACGCGCACUCUCACGCGCUCUCUCACGCGCACUCUCCUGCGCGUUCGCUCCCUUGCACACGCUCUCCCUCGCUCUUCGUCUCUCCCCUUCUUCAAAUGAAAGUGCAAUGCAAGAGGAGACCAAUGACACACAAAAUUUACGAAGGAGCAAAAAUUAAGCCAGGAAAUAUCAGAGGCGGAAGGGUGGAUGAAAGGACCGGGAACGCACCUGAUAACAAUGGUGCCUCAGAAAACAACCCGCGCUGGCGCACCAACCCGCGCUCGUGCACCAGCCCGCGCUCGCGCACCAACCCGCGCUCGCGCACCCACCCGCGCUCGCGCACCAACCCGCGUUCAUGCACCAGCCCGCGCUCGCACACCAACCCGCACUCGCACACCAAGUCUCGCUUGCGCUCGUGCACCUGUCGCCGGAGGCGACGGCGGGGAGGGAAGGAGAGGCGAUGGCGAGGAGGAGGGAGAGGCGACGGCGGGGAGGAGGGAGAGGCGGCGGCGGGGAGGAGGGAGAGGCGGCGGCGGGGAGGAGGGAGAGGCGACGGCGGGGAGGAGGGAGAGGCGACGGCGGGGAGGAGGGAGAGGCGACGGCGGGGAGGAGGGAGAGGGGACGGCGGGGAGGAGGGAGAGGCGACGGCGGGGAGGAGGGAGAGGCGACGGCGGGGAGGAGGGAUACGCGACGGCGGGGAGGAGGGAUACGCAACGGCGGGGAGGAGGGAAAGGCGACGGCGGGGAGGAGGGAGAGGCGACGGAGGGGAGGAGGGAGAGGCGACGGCGAGGAGGAGGGAGAGGCGACGGCGGGUAGGAAGGAGAGGCGACGGCGGGUGGGAGGCGACGGCGGGUGGAAGGGAGAGAGGACGGCGUGGUGGGAAAGAAAGGAUGGCGGGGUGGAGGUAG